UCCUCUUGUCUCAGUGUCCCAAGUGCUGGGAUUACAGGUGUAAGCCACCAUGCCUGACCUGCUUGUUCUCCCUUUAUAUAACCAAUCUCUUCACCUCAUAAGCCACAUCCUUGGCUCAGUUUCUCCUUAGAUGUAGUCCUGCUGGCCCCUCCAACUUCCUGACAGCCUUAACCAACGAGAUAUUUUUAGAGCAGGAAUUCAAUCUCAAAGCUAUUAAUUACUUGAGGGAAGAUGCACAUGAAAAAGAGGCUCUUAGGCCAGUGAGAUGAAGAUUUAACUGGCAGAGUGUCAGCCCCUAGUGUUAUGCCUUCCACAAAACAUGUGAGGAUCAGAGUUGGAGACAGCCAAAUGCUGCUACCUACUAAGAACCACAGUGAGAGGAUUUUCCAAAUUUGAAUUCCGUAGACAGCUCCACAUGCACUCCCUCCUACCGUAUCUUCAGGACUCACCAUCACCCUUUAACACUGUGAAAUGUCCCACUUUGCCCGACGCGAAAGCAGACAUGCCAGACCCAUAAUGCUCACUGUUUAUACGGUGUGUGAUGUGAAGAGGACACAAGCCUGGAAGUCUACUCUACACGCUCCAUGAACCAGCAAUGAAGAGUUGAUUAUCUGAAGAAAUGGAUACUUCUCCAUCCAAAAAAUACCCAGUUAAAAAACGGGUGAAAAUACAUCCCAACACAGUGAUGGUAAAAUAUACUUCUCAUUACCCCCAACCUGGGGAUGAUGGAUAUGAAGAAAUUAAUGAAGACUAUGGGAAUUUUAUGGAAGAAAAUCCAAAGAAAGGUCUGCUGAGUGAAAUGAAAAGAAAAGGAAGAACUUUAUUUGGAACCAUGGAUACGCACCCUCCACCAACAGAAGACCCAAUGCUCAGUGAAAUUGGACAAUUUCAGAGCUUUGCAGAAAAAAAUAUUUUUCAAUCUCGAAAAAUGUGGAUAGUGCUGUUUGGAUCUGCUUUGGCUCAUGGAUGUGUAGCCCUUAUCACUAGGCUCAUUUCUGAUCGUUCUAAAGUUCCCUCUUUAGAACUGAUUUUUAUCCGUUCUGUCUUGCAGGUCUUAUCUGUGUUAGUUGUGUGUUACUAUCAGGAGGCUCCCUUUGGACCCCGUGGUUACAGAUUACGACUCUUCUUUUAUGGUGUGUGCAAUGUCAUUUCUAUCACUUGUGCUUACACAUCAUUUUCAAUAGUUCCUCCUAGCAAUGGGACCACUAUGUGGAGAGCCACAACCACAGUUUUUAGUGCCAUUUUGGCAUUUUUACUUAUAGAUGAAAAAAUGGCCUAUGUUGACAUGGCUACAGUAGUUUGUAGCAUCUUGGGUGUUUGUCUUGUCAUGAUCCCUAACAUUGUCGAUGAGGACAAUUCUUUGUUAAAUGCCUGGAAAGAAGCUUUCGGGUAUACCAUGACUGUGAUGGCAGGACUGACCACUGCUCUUUCUAUGAUAGUGUACAGAUCCAUCAGGGAGAAGAUCAGCAUGUGGACUGCUCUGUUUACCUUUGGUUGGACUGGGACAAUCUGGGGAAUAUCUACUAUGUUUGUUCUUCAAGAACCCAUCAUCCCAUUAGAUGGAGAAACAUGGAGUUAUCUCAUUGCUAUAUGCGUUUGUUCUACUGCAGCAUUCUUAGGAGUUUAUUAUGCCUUGGACAAAUUCCAUCCAGCUUUGGUCAGCACAGUACAACAUCUGGAGAUUGUGGUAGCUAUGGUCUUGCAGCUUCUAGUAUUACAUAUAUUUCCUAGUGUCUAUGAUGUCUUUGGAGGGGUAAUCAUUAUGAUUAGUGUAUUUGUCCUUGCUGGCUAUAAACUUUAUUGGAGGAAUUUAAGAAGGCAAGAUUACCAGGAAAUACUAGACUCUCCCAUUAAAUGAAUACCUGGUAAUUAUUGUCUUGUUAAUGUUCAGUUACUGAAUACGUACACUGCCAUUUUAAUAUUUACCUAUAAAUGUCUUUGUGUUAUAUAAUUGACAGAGUGCUAUAUAAUAUAUAAUUAAUUUAUGCAGAUGCAAAAAAU